AUGGCGUUCACGAUGCGAGCGGUGAAGGUGCCUCGGAACUCGGCCUCGCUGGAGGAGGCGCGGCACCGCGUCUUCGAUUUCUUCAAGCAGGCAUGCCGCUCCAUCCCCACCAUCAUGGAGAUCUACAACCUCGACGACGUUGUCACGCCCUCGCAGCUCCGCUCCACCAUCGCUAAGGAGAUCCGCAAGAACCAGAACGUUACCAACCCCAAGGUUUCCCCUCCCAUCCCGUUCUCUUUCUCGUUCCCCCUCUCGAUUCGAUCCCUAGGCAGGGUUAACGAUAAACUGUUUAUAGUUCUAGACAGCUUGCUGAUUGUUGAGACAUUGGAGAUAUUUUAUGAAGUAGUUAUUCCUAAAAAUGAUGGGCAAUGUACGAUGCUUGAGGGUUCCUCGGUUUUUGUGGUUAUUGAUAUGCUUCUGUUCAACGGGAUGGAGGAGCUGAACAACAUAGUUGAACAUGCAAAGCAGCGCCACCAUGUGAUUGGGCAGUAUGUGAUCGGCCAAGAGGGCCUGGUGCAUGAGCUUUGGUCAAAGGAUCAAGGGAACUCCGACUUCCUGAAUAAAUUCUACACAAGCAAUUACUUCUGA